AAUAAAAUUAUCAAAUGGAUUAUUCUGAAAGAUAGAAAGCCUGACAUGGUUUGAUGGCAUAAAAGUAUAAUUUAUUCCACAUAAAUUUGAAACUUAAGGUUAAAACAAUGAAGAAGAAAAAAAAUAUAGUAAAAUUUUAUUUGACUUUUUUUGAUUUCGAUUCCAAUAUUUUUCUCGCAAACCCGAACACGCUCGAAACAUCAUCGUUCAAUUGUAAACAACUGCUAAAUCGUUGCCCAUUCACCAGAAAUGUGGCAGAAUAGAAAUUUUGGCUACACGUUUUCAAACGGAAAAUUCAUCGUGUCUUUUUUGAAAAAAGCUUAAAUUUGUCUAAUUAUGGAUUGAAAAGUUCCUUCGGUUUCAAUGAAAAGAAUUUGUGGAAGUAACAGGUGCACGGACUGUCCGAGCAUCGGUUUAUUAUUUUGGUUGUUAAGGUAGAUGAUAGUUCUAAUUAAAAUUGCAAGAUUUUGAAGAGUUACUUUGAGUUUAAAUACAUUCAUUUGACACCCCUUAACUGCAGUCCGAAGAUCCUAUAGUUACAACCAUGGUGAACGAUUCGGCUAAAAUUUUCGCGCUGGUCGUUACGGCGAUCAGAAACCUUCGAGAACUGAAAGGCUCGACUUCAAAAGAAAUUUUGAAUUACAUCUCGAACAUCUAUGACAUUUCUCCGGAUGCGGCCCGUCGUCAGAUGCAAACAGCUUUGAAACGCGGCGUGGCUUACGGGAUCCUGAAGAAGAAUGGCGGCCACUAUAUCCUACCAACCAACAGCGAGAUGAGGCUACAGGAGAUCGCGGAGCAGGAGGUGAACCUGCUGGACAUUUGUCGCAAAACGAAAAUGCAGAAGAAGAUGGGGUGUAAAUGCAAGAAGCGACGCCGCAGACGAAGGAGGAGAAGGCGAACGAAGAAAUACUGCAGAUGCAAGAGGAAAAAGUCGAGGAGACGGAAACGAAGACGCAGGAGAAGGAAGAAGAAGAGGUGUAAAUGCGGCGGUAUCAUAAACAGACGCGAUCAAUGUAGAAUGAAGCGAGCCAUAACACCUCGUACUGUUGACAAUUUUGAGGAGACGAAAUCUAUGGAACUGCCAAUCGAGGCUUACGAGGACAGCGAGCGUAGUUCCGUGUCCUCCGUAUCCUCGAAAACCGAUUAGAAACGUAAGUUCGUAUUCUUCUAUGGUGGCACAAUCAUAACUGAUAACAUAUUUCAAAGAGAACAAGGAAAAGAAACCGAUUUCAAGGAUUGUUUCUUUAAUAAAAAAUGAUAAUUGGUUAGGGGUGUAAGUAGUAGAAGCGUUAAUCUCGAGGGGGUGACAAUGCAGAGCUUGAAAUAGCAGCAAUUUAUCCGAGUAACUGUAAUUUAUUUUGUUGGACUGAUGAAGCGGGUUUGUAAGGGAUGGAAGAAAUUUAGUAGAAGGAAAGCUGUGACGAGAGUAAUUAGCAAGAAAUUCCCGGAAAGAGCGUUUGUUGGGGAUGAAAAAUGAGAAAAGCAGGGUAGGCGAAGUGAAUGAAAUUUGUUGCGAACAAAGUUGCAAGGAUUAGUAAUUACAAAUGUAGUCUAUCAUUUUUUAAUUGAUUAAUGUGUUUUCUAGUGGGACAACAAUUGCUAGGAUUAAAGUUCGUUGAAUUGUCGUCGAUAUGGAAGAUUCGAAAAGCAACUUUCUUCAUGGGAAAUGUAUCUUUGGAAAGAUAAUUAUUUUUGAACGUAUUUAUAUUCUUAUCAAGUGUACACGAGUUUCUUCCAAACGUGUCUCUUCGAGUGCAUGUUACUCUUUAUACAAUAUUCUAUUUUGUCUAAUUUAAUAGUAAUCUUGUAAUAAUGUUUUUGAGAGUAAAAAUAUACAAAUUUGUUGGCCAAUUAAUUUUAAUGAUUCUUUUUCAGAAUCGAAGUACGCAGCAAUGCGUGCACAAAAAGCUCAUAAAUAAAUAUGUACACAUUCGUAGGGUUAUCAUUUUUAAAUCGGUGAUAAAACACUUUGCAGAAUAAAGUUAAUUAAUCUCUGCGAUGAGCAGGCAAUUGGAUAGUAUCCAGCUACAUUGAAAAAUUACCAUAACGUUAAAUAAGAUCCUUGGUAAGGUUAACGAGAAUUUUUUAAAUUAGCGUAUCGAACGCGCUAAUUAAACGUUAAGUUCGAUAAAUGCUAAGCUGUUCGGGGAGGAAAAACAUUGAACAGAGCAGAGAAACUGGUUUUCGCGAUACUUUUUUUUCUCUCUCCCCACUCUGACUCAGUAUUAUACUAAUAGAUAAGUUUUUCCACGGUUACCGAUGUAACGUAAUUACUCGUUAUUUACCAGACGAACGAUUACAUGAAUAUUAUUUCUAUUUUCAUACCCUGAGCGUCUGGUUUUCCCUGACAUUUCUCGUAUCUACGUCCUCGACAUUUAUUUAAGGAAAAAGAAAGGUACUAGGCAAACUUUUAAUUUAUCCGUCGGAUUUCUGCCGGUAGCCGAAUGUCAGCUGCUAUAAAUUGCUUUUUAAUUGCGACGGAACGAGCCACUCAAACUGCUUCGUUUCACGGAUCGAUCUUCUCAUUUGGCCCGGGAGUAGACGAAUUUUCCGAAGUUCGUUAGAAUUCGUGUGUGAAUCUAGUUUUCGCGACAGCAAUUUCUGCUAAUGAUUAUCAAAUUAGGAAACGAUAAAGGUACUUUCCACGUUGCAUGAAUAUUUAAAAAAAAAAAACAGAGCUUGAGGUAGAAACUUAAUUGUAAGUAUUAGGCUAACUAUUAAAUUUCAAAAAAUUUGAAUUUUAAGGAAUUCAAUAAA